AAAGGCAAGGAGACACUUGAGUAUGGGAAUAAAUACUGGCUCAUGCUGGAUGAAAAGGAGACAAAGCGGAUCUAUCCUGUCAAAGAAGUGAGAGUGGAAGAAAUGAAGUGGCGAAAAUGGGCGGACGACUGGCUGGUUCACCUCAUCUCGCCCAAUGUUUACCGUACCCCUAGGGAGGCCUUGGCAUCUUUCGAUUACAUUGUCCGGGAGGGGAAGUUUGGCACCAUGGAAGGUUUCUUUGCUAAGUACAUGGGGGCCCUUGCCAUGUUCUUCAUUAGCAAAAGGUUGAAGAAAAGACAUAAUCUUCGAGAUAAUGUCCGAGAAGACCUGUACGAAGCGGUUAAUGAGUGGGUAAAAGCUGUUGGCAAACAUCGACUGUUCAUGGGUGGCAACCAGCCAAACCUUGCAGAUUUGGCAGUCUAUGGGGUCCUCAGAGUCAUGGAAGGACUGGAAGCCUUUGACGACAUGAUGGUUAACACCAAGAUUCAGCCUUGGUACCAGCGCAUGGAGGAAGUCAUUCAAAAAACUGAACUUACAAUCUGAUGUCAACUACAGCUGCUUUCCUGAAACACUUGCAUGGGGGAAAAGCUUCAGAAGGAAAG